AUGAGUUGCCAGACCGUUAGUAAGGGCGAACUCAAGCUUAUCCUCAACAAUAUCGAUGAUACAGAUCUUGGAAGCACCAAACGCUUUACCAACACCGGCACACAGCAAGCCGAUAGGACCAGCACCAAAAACAACCAAUCUGUCACCAACGGUCAAUUUUGCAAGACGAUAAGUACGUCUAUUAAAAAAUUAGUCCUUGUAAUAAACUUUGCGGAAGAAAUCCAUGGUGUUGGUGAAAACCACAAGCAGAAUACCUCCUCCUGGUCCGAGUCUCAAAACCUUUGGCAGGAAUCCUUUAUACAAAGCACUGAAACCUUCUUCCUUCAUGAUAAGGGCAAGAGAUGGGAAGGUCCAGUUGUAUUUUCUAGCAACACCCUCAACCUUUGGAGUGUUUUGAAUACGGGACUUGACAACAUCGAAUGGGGUGUUGAACAAAGUACCAACAGUUCCUCCAAUGGCACCAGAGAUCAAAUCGUUAACAGUCUUCUGGGUUGGGGUUUCAGCCUUUGGCAGCAGAGAUCUAACUUGGAAAAUGACACCGAAAUAACCUGCAUUCCAGACAAUGUGUCUCCAUAG